CACCAGUGCGGGGAGGACCCAGAUCAUUACACCAAGCAGGAAUUCCUAAAAAUGGAGCUCUACCUGCUCAAGUUCUUUGACUGGAGCGUGUCUUAUCCCACUGCCGUCCACUUUGCCGAGUACUUCCUGAGCACCGAGGGCACCGAGAUGACAGAGGAAGAAACCUGCAACCCGGUGGUGAUCUCUGGUUCCCCGUUAAGUCAGCAGGAGAGAAGUGAAAUGAAGGCUCAGAUGGACAGACUCACAUCUUGCUUCUUGGAAGCCUCACUCAGAGAGACACUGUUUCUUCAGUAUCCGAGCUCGCUGACUGCUGCUGCGGCUCUGUGUGCAGCUCGGAUCUGCCUCGGGCUGCCCACUGCCUGGAACCACAAGCUGACCGGCGUCACACACUACGAUCUCCAAACGAUGUCACAUGUCGUCGACCACAUGCUCAAGCUAUUCUACAAUGACAGUGACGCAUAAAUAAAGGCGGUUUAUUGUAAUAUUGGCACCUCAACUGCACUUGUAAAGGCCACAAAAUCACUUACUAAAGAUCACCACCACUCUUCUAUUUCAGCACCACUUCACCCACUAUUUCUCGUCUUUUAAAGCACCACUUCACUUCAACUGCUCUUCUAUUUAAUAUCACUAUGUUUUAUGGUAUUGUGUUCAGAGUUGGCAAAAAAUAA